AUGCUUCCUUCACUCUUAGAGUUGCAUUUGUCUGAUUGUCAUAUUAAUGUAAACCAGCUUCCACUCUCCCUAGACACCAUUAACUUCACAUCAAUUUUGGUCCUUGAUAUGUCAUAUAAUGAUCUUAUCAAUUCUUCAUUCCCCAGCUCGUUUUCUAAUCUCACUAGCCUAAAAGAACUUGAUCUCAGUUCGAAUUCUUUCAAUGGUCCCUUUCUUGAUGAAUUUUCGAGCCUCAAAAACCUAGAACACCUAGAUUUAUCUGGGAUGAGCCUCAAAGGUCAGAUUCCCCAUGUCAUCAGAAAUUUGUGCGAGUUGAAGAUACUAAAUCUUCGGUGGAACAAGUUUGAUGGAGACCUUCAAGAGUUUUUGAAUGGUUCCUCAAACUGUCGGAUAAUUGGGGGAUGCGGAAAGCUAUUGUUCCCACUCAAAUUUCCAAAAUUAAGUAGACUGAAUUUGCUUCAUAAUCAAUUUGAGGGCACAUUAGAGCUAUUUCCUACUAAUGCACCUCUUCUGCAAUACUUGGAGCUCUAUGAUAAUCGUUUAAAAGGAAGCAUUCCACCUUCUAUUUGUGAAAUGCAAUAUAUGAAAGUUUUAUCUCUAGGAAACAAUCGAUUAUCUGGAGAGCUUCCUCAAUCCUGGUGUUCGUGGGGACAUAUAAAUGUUGUGGAUGUGGGAAACAACAAUCUCUUUGGUAAUAUUCCGAGUUCAAUGGGCAUCCUAAGUUCUCUUGGUGUAUUGAAGAUGAACGACAAUGACUUUGGCGGGGAAAUUCCUUCUUCCUUGAAAAAUUGCUCUGAGUUGACAGAUAUUGAUUUUAGUGGUAACAAACUUACUGGAAACCUACCUUUAUGGAUUGGAUCAGAGCUAUCUGGAUUACAAAUUCUGCUACUGCGAUUCAACUUUCUGAGCAGAACUAUUCCUCAACAGUUGUGCAAUCUCAGAGAACUUCAUAUCCUAGACCUUGGUCAUAAUGACUUUUCAGGGACUAUUCCCAACUGCUUAAGUAAUCUGACUAAUCUAGUGUCUGCUGAUCCCCUUCCGUAUGUCUAUGAAAAUUACGAAGAGCAAACAACAGUUAUCUCGAAAGGAAGAGAACUUCAAUAUAGCAUUGUUCAUACUCUGCUUUAUGUAAUGAGCAUUGAUCUUUCAUCGAAUAAUUUAAAAGGCGAAAUUCCUGAAGAAAUAAGUUCCCUCAUCAGAUUGGGUUCCUUGAACUUAUCAAGGAACCAGUUAAUCGGAAAGAUUCCGUCAAAGUUCAGAAACUUAAGCAUGUUGGAAACACUUGAUCUCUCAUUCAAUCACCUUUCAGGACAAAUUCCCCAAAGCUUUUCUUCAUUGACCUCUUUGUCUCACUUGAACUUGUCUAACUACCUCUCCGGCAGAAUCCCUACAGGCCCCCAACUUCAAACACUGGAGAAUUCCUCCUAUGUGGGGAAUCCAUUACUCUGUGGAUUUCCUCUUUUAUCCGAGUGCCUGGGAGAUGACACACCAACAAAACAAAUUUUUCCCGGAGAAGACAGUGAAGAUGAAGAUGACAGCGAAAAGCUUGGUUUCUAUAUCAGCAUGGUCCUCGGGUUUGUCAUAAGCUUCUGGGCUGUUUAUGGCACUUUGGUCCUAAAGAGGGCAUGGAGGUAUGCCUAUUUUCGAUUCUGUGACAACAUCAAGGAGAGGAUCGCACUGAAAAUUGCAUUGAAAGUAGCUCGUUUGCAAGGAAGGCUUUGA